AUGGGAUCAACAGGCGAAGAGAGGGCAGUGGAGCGAAUCCCUUAUCCCUAUCAGAUUGAAUUGUAUCGUAUGGCCAAAGAGCGCAAUACAAUCGUAUGUCUGGGCACCGGAACGGGAAAGACAUUCAUCGCCAUUCUGCUGAUGAAAGACCCGGAGUUCGCGAGUCAACUGAAGGGCGAGUACCCGAUGACAGCCAAACGCACCUUCUUUUUGGUGCCCACGAGAGUACUCGUCAAACAACAGGCGACCGAAAUUGAGCACCAAUUCAGCGUCAAGGUCAAGGGCUAUACCGGGGAUAUGGGGGUCGACUUCUGGCAUACGGAGCCCUCUGGCAGCACAUGGAAUAAGGAAUUGGCUGAGAAUCAGGUGCUCGUAAUGACACUUCAGAUACUGUUGGAUAUGAUAAGCCAUUGUAGGAUCAGAUGGCAGAAUAUAAACCUGUUGGUCAUCGAUGAGGUGCACUGGGCGGCCAAGAAGAAGGGCAAGAAGGUGUCCGGACACUCGUACAAACAGCUUAUGGAUCUCUACAAGCAGUGCCCCGAAAGGGAUAGACCCCGAGUGCUCGGACUGUCGGCCAGUCUUAUAAACAGUUCGAUGAAAGUGGAGCUCUUUGAAGAUGCCAUCAAAGACCUGGAAGAGACGUAUUGCGCGGUCUGUAACACGUCAGACGUGGCCCAACUCUGCGGUACAAACCCUCGAGAAGUGAUCUGGACUUUCAUGAGUCAGGCCUCCGCUCCGAGUUCGACGGCUACGGGUGUUGUGAAAGCGUUGGACACAUUCAUUGAUUAUCUGAAGACAAAGACUAAAGGCAUAAAAACGGACGAAUCAGUCUCUGUUACGGUCACAAGAGUGCGGAAAUGUCUGACAAAUAUCCGCAAUAUGUUGUCGGAUCCCAUCGAGAAGACCAUUACAAAUCCGGAGACACAACAGAAGUACAUAAUAACGAUGACAUGGAUGGGCGUGUGGUGUGCGUCCAAAGCCAUCAACCACUACAUCGCAGAGAUGUCUCUAUACGAAGAGGUCUACAAACAUGUUAAUCCAAAUCUGUCGCAAAUGUUGACAAAAGUGAUGAGUUAUUUGAAAAUCGUGGACAAAGUCUUUGUUCUCGAGCUGACGGCCGACCCCAUGGCCGCACUCAACACAGCGUCGCCUAAAAUGCUUCGUUUUCUAGAGUUAUUGCGCGAAUACAAGCCAAUUGGUGGCCAACCGAGCAAUUUGUGUGGAAUCGCAUUCGUUGCCCAAAGAUCUGUGGCUAAAGUGUUGGCCGAAUGGCUGACUGAACUCAAGCGAAUCAAACCCUUGGAAUACGACUUCUUGAAUGUGGGAUGGGUUGUGGGCCACAGCAAUAGACCUGGAUUUGAAUCACUGGUCACUUCAUUCACUGACAAACAGCAAGAGGAGAUUAUUGACGACUUUCGUGAUCAAAAACUCAAUCUAAUUAUCUCGACCUCAGUAUUGGAGGAGGGAUUGGAUGUAAGCAUAUGCAAUCUUGUGGUCAGAUUCGACCGAAUUAACACAUUUAGAGAGUAUCUGCAAUCGAAAGGCAGAGCGAGAGCUGAUUCCGCGAGAUAUUAUAUGAUGACAUCGGACGAGGACAGUGGGGCUCUCAACAGACUACUCAUCGAUUUUAGAGAUAUGGAGAAGAGGAUCGCAAACCUCAAUAGUAAACCCAGACAUCGAGGUAUGGAUGCUGUCGAUGACGACGACAAUAGUGAUGAUGAGGAGACGCAAUACACGAUCACCACUGGGGCCACUAUAUCGACACGAACUGCCAUUUCACUGCUGUAUAGAUAUUGCGGUAAACUUCCGUCGGACUCAUUCACUAAACUGAUACCCAAUUUUGAGAUCUCUGGUGUACACUCGCCGUACACCUCAUCAGUGAAAUUACCCCUUAAUUGUCCGCUGAAGACCCAAAUCUGGGGAAAGGAAUGCAAAACGAAAAAAGGGGCCAAAAAGAGCGCAGCACUCGAGGCAUGUAUUCAAUUGCAUAAAGUGGGAGAACUGGACGACCAUUUGCUGCCUAUAAGUAAAGAUCAAUUCAUUGACAAAUACGUCCAGCGAUUGGUGGGAGAACUGGACGACCAUUUGCUGCCUAUAAGUAAAGAUCAAUUCAUUGACAAAUACGUCCAGCGAUUGGGUCUGAAGAUCAAUCAAACCGACGACAAUACCGACUGCACAUCAAAGCCUGGAACUCGCAGUCGAACCCAAAUAUAUACCAAACGUUUGGCACAAGAGUUGACUCCACCCGACGUUAAAUCAAAUGAUCAUCGCAUUUUUGGUGCAAUAACUGGUCGACCCAUUCAUAACGAGUCCAUCAAAUUCCCGGUGUUUGUCAGCGUUAGAGCGCACUUGGAUGCGAUUAGGGAAAGGGAUGUCAGUUCUAAAGCAGACGUAGAUUUUACUCCAAUGCAGUCAAUCAUAUUGACUGCCGAACAGAAACGAUUGAUUGAAAAGUUUCAUGUCUUUACAUUUGACAGUGUCUUAGAAUUUGGUGAUGAAAGCCAAACCACAUUCAAUGCAUUGGAAUCAAAGUUCAAUCUAUUGGUGGUUCCGCUCAUGAAUGGCUCACAAAUAGACUGGGAUUUCGUUAAUAAAAUCAAUACUUGCGGUCAGAUUGACGUCAAGAAAGUACCGCUCUCUGAAAGAUUGGACUUUAAGUUUGAUGCUGAGAUCUACAGAGACUGUGUGUUCACUCCGUGGUAUGAACGGGACAUUGAAGGGAAGUCCAAAUUCUGCGAUUCGUUGAGAAUCACUGAUAAGGGACUGAAAUCCAAAUGGGAUGGAAAGGACCCGCAGUUUGGCACGUAUGAGGGCUACUACCGUAAAAAAUACGGACUAGAAAUCAGUAAUAAGACUCAACCUCUUAUUGAGGGCCGAAGUGUGAAGAAAUGCGCUCAACUCAAGCCAUUCGUUAUCGGAGAAGUGAAAAGUGGGAAACGGGAGUAUUUUGUGCCUGAAUUGGUGACAAUACAUCCCUUUCCGAGCACACUAUGGCGUCAGGCGUUGUGUUUGCCGGCCAUUCUCUACCGCGUAAACCAUCUUCUUUUGGCUCAACAGUUGCGCCAAACAAUAGUAUCAGAGACCAGACCAUCCAUUGGCUCGACUCAACCUAAGGAUCGAUUGGCAUUAGAUCUAAGUUCGGAGGUUAACGAGUGGUCAUUGAGUGAAUCCAAACGCGUGCACAGCAUUGAGGACUUGGAUGUGGGCUGUGAAGGACAUCCGUUUGAUGACGCGAUGGACACCUCUGAUGCGGUCGUAUUAAAGGCACAGAAGAAGAAACAAAAGACAGAGAUGUCUAUAAUUAUCAACCGUAGCGCCAGCUCUGAGACCCACCGAAACGCUGUCCAACCUUUAACCACAAGUUUGAAUGCCAUUACAAACAUCAGUAAUAAUACCCUCAUUUCGUCCUCAAAUUUGGUUAAUAUUACGUCUGCUUUCAUCAAUGAUUUCAAAUGUCUUUUAUUGAAUUGUCAAUUGAGUGAAUUCCGAUCUCAUGAACAGGAAGUGGAGUUUAUCAAUGCUAACAGUGCUCUCAUAGAUGCCAAUCAAACACUCAAUUACGGCGAUUCAUUUCCAUUCGUAUUCACGGGUGAUAUUAAGCCACAUAUAAAAGAGGAAUACGACUCGCGAGUGAACGCGCCUAUAGUGGGACCGACAGCUGAUGAUUUGCUGAGAGCGCUGACACUAUUGGGUGCGAGCGAUGCCUUUAAUUUGGAGCGAAUGGAAACAAUGGGCGACUCAUUCCUCAAGUUCGUGACGACUGGCUUUCUGUACUACAGCUGUCCAGAGCUGGAUGAGGGCCGGCUGUCAUAUCUGCGCCAAAUGCAGAUCUGUAACUGUAAUCUGUAUUACAUCGGCAAACGGAUUGGUUUACCCGACCUAAUGGUGGCUCACAUGUGGUUUACGCACAAGAACUGGUUGCCACCAUAUUAUCACAUAACCGAUGAAUGUGAGUGUCAACUGUUGACUGACAAGGAAAAUACUACCGGUGCUUAUAGACAUCAGAUAGUGAACGAUAAGAGUAUUGCCGACGCCGUAGAGGCACUGAUUGGCGCUCACCUUCUCGUUGGUGGCAACAAAAGUGCGUUAAUUUUCAUGCAAUGGUUGGGACUAAGAGUGUCACCAAUUGAAGACCAAAUCGAUUAUUCAGUUGGAGUCGGUUCGGAGCCUUUCCAAUGGUUACCUCCGCCUAAGAGUCCCGUUUGGAACACAGAAUUGUCUGACAGCGAAGUCCAGACAUUCAUAUAUCGUGAGUACAAUGGAUGCAAUUUAGACCACUUCGAGGACAUCAUUGGAUAUAAGUUUCGCGACAAAGCCUUUUUAAUCCAAGCCUUCACUCACAGUUCAAAUUACUUCAAUGUUUACACCGAUUGCUACCAAAGACUGGAGUUUUUAGGCGACGCUGUUUUGGAUUAUCUAAUAACUCGGCAUAUCUUCAACUUAGAGGACAAGAAGUUUAGUCCGGGAGAGCUGACAGACUUGCGGUCGGCGCUCGUCAACAAUACCUUCUUCGCCUCGAUUGCUGUGAAAUUCAGAUUUCAUAAGUUUCUGAAGAUAUUAUCUCCAGAUCUGUUCCACGCAAUAGAAAUGUUUGUCAAGAAGUUUGAGUCGAAUCAAGUGAUGGCUAUUAAUAACAGCUUUAAUAAGUUGAACGACGAGGACGUGACUGACUUGGAGGAAGUGGAAGUGCCAAAGGCUUUGGGCGAUAUAUUCGAGUCGGUGGCCGGCGCUAUAUAUCUGGACAGUGGCCUCUCGUUGGAUGCCGUAUGGGAAGUCUAUUUCAAACUUAUUAAACCAGAAAUAGAUUAUUUUAGCGUAAAUGUGCCCAAAAUGCCCGUCCGUGAGUUGAGAGAGCACCACAAGAAUGUUAUUUUCAGUCCAGCGGAAGAGGUAAAGGGCCGUAAGAUCCGUGUAGUGGUCACUGUGGACGGGCGUCAGUUUGGAGGGGUCGGCAGGAAUCAAAAGUUUGCCAAAAUCGCCGCAUCCAAGAUUGCACUCUUAGCACUGAAACCUAAGUACAGCUUUAAUAAGUUGAACGACGAGGACGUGACUGACUUGGAGGAAGUGGAAGUGCCAAAGGCUUUGGGCGAUAUAUUCGAGUCGGUGGCCGGCGCUAUAUAUCUGGACAGUGGCCUCUCGUUGGACGCCGUAUGGGAAGUCUAUUUCAAACUUAUUAAACCAGAAAUAGAUUAUUUUAGCGUAAAUGUGCCCAAAAUGCCUGUCCGUGAAUUGCGAGAGCACCACAAGAAUGUUAUUUUCAGUCCAGCGGAAGAGGUAAAGGGCCGUAAGAUCCGUGUAGUGGUCACUGUGGACGGGCGUCAGUUUGGAGGGGUCGGCAGGAAUCAAAAGUUCGCCAAAAUUGCCGCAUCCAAGAUUGCACUCUUAGCACUGAAACGUGUGAACAAGUCUGAAAAGUCUGAGCCUUAAAUCACAAUUAUUUUUGUUUUUCGAGAUAUUGAGUCAUUUAAGUCAAUAUUAUGUUUGUGUUUCCUAUAUUUGUUCAAUUGGUCUCAAUUCCUAUAUUAAUGUUAAGUGUUGCCAAUAUUCUUAUCUGUUAUUCUGAAUGAUAUAUUUAUCAGCUAAGGUAUCAAAGAACCUAAACUACCCGUUGUCAAUUUAGUGUUUAUAAAGCCUAAUGCUUAUUAUAAAAUUUACUUUAUGCUAAUUAUACCGAUAGCUAAACUUUACUUGAACUAAUCCCUUUUUAUUUGACCCCUUCUUAACUAAUACCAAUAAGUUUGAGAUGAGGGCUGAUCCCUAAAGUACUCCCUCCGGAGUGUCUAACGAUAUCUGAAGUAAUAUGUUUUAUAAAUUGAGUUAUACUGGUGUUUGCGUUUAUAGUCAAUAAGAAUUCACACAAAUAGUCAACGAAUCGGUCCAAAGAGUCUACUUUUCGUACCGUAAAUUGCUUUUCGCAGAUAAUUUCAUAUUUUAAUUCCAAACACUCUUAUCAUAAGUAACAAACAGUGUAACUUUCCAAUAUAUUGUACGGUAAAUGAAAAUAUUUUGUUUCUUAAUUGUGUGUCUCAUUGUAACC